GAGUUACGAGACGCGGUGGCUGAGAAUAAGGUAUCCUCGACUCCCCAGGCAACGUGUCACGACAGCAGGAGACGCACGAGGAGGAGCGGCAGCGGUGUGCAAGAUGCAGUAUAUUUUCCUGAUGGUUACAGUGGCAGUGCUGGCUGGAGAAUCAGAUGCAGCCCGCAUUCUGGGUCUGUUCAAUUAUCCAGGAAAGAGUCACUUUCUAAUGUUCGAGGAGGUAAUGAAGGCGCUCGCUGCCAGGGGCCACGAGGUGUUUGUCUACAGCCACUUCCCUCAAGCUAAGCCCUUGCCAAACUACACAGACGUGAGCCUAGUCGGUUCCCUGCCUUCUGUAGUGAAUGCAAUUCCUAUGGACGAAGUGUUUGGUAGAGACGAUCCCUCAGUCACAUUUGGAUUACUCAGAGGUUUGACUGAACAGGCAUGUGAAAAACUACUUCAGUUUCCCGCAAUGCAGAAGCUUAUGAAAACACAUGAAAAAUACGAUCUCAUCUUUACUGAACCCUUUACCACUGACUGCCUGUUACCAUUUGUGUACAAGUUUCAGGCGCCCAACAUUGCACUUAUGUCAUCUGUAGUUAUGCCUUGGACUCCAGAUCGCUUUGGUUUACCAGAUAAUCCAUCCUAUAUACCAAUUCAGUUUUUACGGGUUAGUGACCACAUGAGCUUCUUUGAGCGUCUCAGAAAUUUGUGGUAUACGAUUUACGGCAAAUGGUUUUUUAUUGAAUACAUGGACAAACCAGCGAAUACGGUAGUCAAGAAAUACUUCGGUGAUUCACUCCCUCCUCUACAAGAAAUCGCUAAAAAUACUAGUAUGCUUUUCAUCAAUACGCAUCCAGCACUGAAUCCUCCGCGACCACUUGUACCUGCUGUUGUGGAGGUAGGAGGGAUUCAUAUCAAACCAGCGAAGAAGCUUCCAAAGGACAUCCAGGAGUUCAUAGACGGGGCAGAACAUGGAGUGAUUUUCUUCACAUUUGGUUCGACAGUCACUGCAAAGGAUUUGAGUGAGAAUAAGCGGAAGGCCAUACUGGAAGCCUUUGCACAACUGCCCCAACGAGUGCUGUGGAAGUGGGAGACUGACGAACUGCCAGGAAAACCAGCCAACGUGAUGGCGCGCAAGUGGCUGCCCCAGUUUGACAUUCUGAGUCACCCUAAAACUCGGUUGUUUAUCACUCACGGAGGUUUGAUGGGAACAAUAGAAGCUGUUUACAGCGGUGUACCUAUGUUAGGCAUCCCACUGUUUGGGGAUCAGCCUACUAACGUAAUGAUGUGUGUAAGGAGGGGCAUCGCACGAAUGCUCCCCUUUCCGGAAAUAUCUAAGGAACUACUGUUGCAGAACAUACGAGAGCUGAUUAACGACUCCGGGUACAAGCAGAGGAUUGUGGAGCUGUCAGAGGCGUACAAGGACAGGCCCAUGAGUCCCCAGGAAGCCGUCGUCUACUGGUCGGAAUACGUCAUCAGGCACAAGGGAGCCAGGCACCUGCGCUCUGCCGCCGUCGACCUGCAGUGGUACCAACUGCUGCUGUUGGACGUCCUGGCCAUCGUACUCGUUGGCAUCGCUGCAGUCGUUACCAUGGUGGUUGUUCUUCUGCGGCUAUUCUUGCGAAAGAUUGGUCUGCUGAGAAAGGCGUCACCAGCGGAACAGCCAUCUCUGAAGACCAAGAAAAAGGAGCAGUAGUGACGCUAAUAGUUGUUACUACGAAAAGGAUUCUGUGCGUUGGAAAAGUGGCUGCUCUGCCAUGCUUUUGGAAUUCAGUAACUGAAAGCGACUUGUUGACACAGAAAAUGACAACGCAGUACGUCAAAAGCCAGAACUGUUAUCUUUAACAGUAGUCAAGUAAAUAAAAUGUGCGCUGGUCCUGGCGGAGGUUCGAAUCCUCCCUCUGGCAAGGUGUGUGUGUUUGUCCUUACGAUAAUUAGGUUAAGUAGUGUGUAAGCUUAGGGACUGAUGACCUUAGCAGUUAAGUCCCAUAAGAUUUCACACACAUCUGAACAUUUUUUUAAAAUAUGCACAAGUUACUUUCGUAAACACAAUAGCACGAGUCGUCAAAAUUAUCAAAAAUCACAGGACACUGGAUGGAAUACAUUCAGUGUUUUAUGCUGAACCUCCUGCAACGGACUAACCAUAUUCCGAAAUAAGAACUGUGCUGUAAUCUGGGAGAAGGAAAAUAAAUGUCAUCUAUAACGUUAGUAGGAGACGGGUGUAACAUCAUCCCUAACUGGGAUGGAUAGCAAAAAGCUUGUAUAAUGUCAGAACUAGAGUGACAAGAUUACAUCGUAUCCUACAGUAUAGUGUCCAAACAGCUGGACUGUGCCGAAUCAUCAGCAUCGUGUUCCUAUAUUCGAUAACUUCUCAGGUCUGUGAUGGGAAGCCACUUAAUCGAGAACAGACGCAGCCUCGGAUUCAGUGAUGUCUAUUAUGUUAUAACUUCACUGUGACACUUUUCUACUAGGACUGUCACGAUUGUCGUUGCUGUCUUUAAUCAGUGUCAUGAAUGGAAUACUACGAGGUCUCUCUAGAGGCAAGUGGCGUUAGGUUAGGUUGCAGAAUCCUGUAAUACUCCAAAUGGCUGUUGUGAUGUGAGGUGGUUGCGGUUCUGAAUGUGCAUACCCCUGAAUGCAAGAUUAGAGUCCUCAUAGUCGGAAAGCGGACCGAAGUCCCCUAUGCAAUGAUAUGAAUUUACUUUGAAGGGAUAAUGAAACUACUUUCGCAAUGGAUAGCAUCGUAUUUAUGCUGAAAUUAAUAAAAGGCAGGUCUACCACUAAAGUCAUGACACAGCAUUUUAGACACUUAACUAUUAAAUGAAAAUUCAAGCAUAUACAAGAUGCUGUUUAUUUCCCUUAACGCGAUUUACUUAGCAAAACUCUAAUAGGCUAACAGUGAAUGCAAGGUAAGAGACAAUUAUGUCUAAUUGUGAUUCUGAUAUCAGUUUGGGAUCGCCAGGAAAGUUGCUAAUGGUCAAACGAACAGUACAUCAGAAAGUGCUGCUGAAAAUAUAACUGAGAAGGACAAACACCUUAAAAAUGCAAAAUGCAUCUAGCGAAUCAAUCAGCUACCUGUUGUCGUUAAUUGAGGAAAGUCUGGCGCCCAUUGAACCACUUCACGUAGAAGCAUUGCUGGCCGAAGCUCGCCAAAUAAACUUCCAGAACUUGGCAGUGUGACCGAGUAAGGUGGCGCAGCGGUUAACACACUGGCUCGCAUUCGCGAGGAUGACGUUUCAGGCACGCAUACGGCCAUCAAUGAUUUCCCUAAAUAGCUUCAGGCAAAUGCCGCUAUGGUUCCUUUGAAAGAGCACGGCCGAUUCCUUUCCCCAUCCUUCCCUAACCCGAGGUUGUGCUCCAACUCUUAAUGUCUACGUUGUCUACGGGACAAUAAACACUGGUCUCCUCCUUCCUCGGCAGUGUGCGUGUCGGCUGAGUGUGACUGUUAACCAUGUACUGGCCCCACCUGCAUGAGUGCGGCUGAGAAGCGCAGCAAGACUGUUGCUCAAGGAGCCAGAAGGCAGAGUCCCCUUUUCCUACUCCCUUAGCUCUUCUCACAAGUUUUGGAAAUGCUCCAAGUCAUCCAACAAUGUUAGUAAAUAUUCUGAGCGCUGUCCAAUCUCUGGCCAAGUUUACCCCAGAUCUCGACUAAUGCUCCAAUGAAAUUUUCAGAUUUCGGCAGAGCAUCAGCACAAGUGAGACUUUUUAUUUAUUUUGUGGGCGGACACAUGGGCAGAAGCCCACACUGUAUUCCUGAGCAACUUUUAAGGCGCUGUGCUCUGCAGUUGCCAUGGAGGAUUUCUAACUGCCGAUUUCUUGAAGAAUCCUCCAGGGCAUCUCGCCUUGGCACAAGUGCUCUUAAGCUUCCUGUCGCGUUAUCGGCUGGUAUAUUACAUGGCAAGCCAGGCAUGGGGAAGAAUGUGGGGGUGGGGCGUCCUCAGUCCCGCACACUUAAUGCAACAGGUUUAUGACCGUGCCUAAGGCUGUGGGCUUGUGGCCUUCCGUCUUCAAGCUCUCUGCUAGUCUGAUGGGCCGAAACAGAAAUAUACUGCAUCUCACAAUCUGAAGCGAACGUCUAAAUACAUUUCCUUGCUUGACAUUGUGGAUUCUGUAUGAAUUACGACGAAAACAUCUUUGUUACUCAUUCAUUAAGUGAACAGACCUUGCUGUACUAAUUAGAGCAUAAAGUAUGAAUACAAUAUGUAAGAUGGCGCGACAUCAGUAAUUAAGCUGCCUUACAUGUCACAAAGUUGAGAGGUACUGGACGUUACUGCUUUCGGCAACGCACAUAUAAUACUCUCUAUUUCAUAGUGGAUAUAGCUUCGUCACUAAUUACAAUACGACUAGCUUGCAUUUGAGUAUCUGAUAGCAUCCACACAAUAAUAAUAAUAAUAAUAAUAAUAAUAAUAAUACUGCCAUCUGAGGAUUUUAUGCACUCUUGAAUAGGUGGAAAACAAAUAAAUUUGAAUAGCAAAAUGCCCUUCUGCCUGCACUUGACAUACUGCUUUUGGACAUGUACAGUUACGGUACUGGAAGAUAUAUUGUCGAUCAAGGAAACAAAAUACAAUCGAAUGCUCACUCGCAAAGUCCACACGUAUUUCAAAGACAUAAUGCAAACCAAAUGGCAUAUAAUUACUAUUGCUGUUGAAUAAUUUCGAUAUAUCGAUAUAUUUCCAACAAAUAUCGAUAUACAUCGGCAGCACUUUCCGCUGAUAGCUCAAUAUAUAGACAUCAAAAUGGCAAUGUCAAGUGUCGACAUUUUUAUUUUAUAUUGUGUUUUUUCACAAUUUUAGGUAAAUAUUUGAAGUUGUUCUUUUGAAAUUGUAGCAUAACAUAAUUUUACUUCACUCUGUGAAGGGGUCUUUCUACUUUUUGAGUAUUCAUCACGUCGAAACUUUCCCCCCGACUGUAUGAUGCAAGUAUGUGUGCCACAAAAGGAGAAGUUCAGUUGCAUUGGGGAUGUCAGUUACCGAUGUGAAGAAACAGCACAUCAGAUGCGUUAAAAAAAAUUAACGCUACUAGUGUGUUGUUUCUUCACACCGGCAUUCUUCAAAAACAGUUACUGGAAAUGACGAACAAAAAUCUAAGUGACAAGAUUGGUCUUUACGGUGGGCGGAGAUGUGUGAAGGGUGCUGGUGUAAUCGGCGCUCAGUGCUACCAACAGAAACUGCAACGUUUAGAAUUACCACGGAAUUUUGACACUACAACUGCUAGGCCGCUAGCGUUGGCUGAAGUGAAAAAAACGGUGAAGUCGACAUGAGGUGUUCCGAACAAAUCCGAUAUGAGACGAAACCAAACGACGGAUCAAUCGGACACAUUUUAUUGUGCCAGUUACAUGCAGUUACCAUUGAUGGCAAAGACGUUAUCAAUAAGUUUGAAUGUGCAUCGUUUUACUUUCAGUUCUUCCUCUAAUUGGGCUAGGCAGGCUGCUAGAAUGUUGAUGUACAGCGUAUCGAAUUGUAAAUCAAUACUUAAAUAUACAGCUCUAUUUUUCAGGUAAGUACAUCGAUAUCUUUUCCUUCUAUAUAUCGAUAUCUUUUCCGUCUGUAUAUCGAAUUGUCGAAGGCGCAUAAGAUAUUUUUUGAAUAUCGAUGUAUUGGAUUCCCAAUAUUUUUAAAAAUAUCAAUAGUCCUAGUCUGCACACACUGAACUGCAUUGUACAUUUUACACUUUGUAAAUCAUAUGAAAAUGAUGUAACAUUUCGAGAAACCCAGUAAACCUACUAUAGUCUCGAACAAAUGCAGAGUUCCAUUUAUUACAUGCUGGAAAACAGUAAGUAACUUAUUAAAAAAUAUAUCAUUCAAAAGAAUGGUAGAUGAGACACAGAUCUUUCUAAUGUUGAGCAAUUACGUCAAAAACAUUAUCAGUAUUUGUGUGGUGUAUAUCCUAUCUCUCUGUAGUUUUUAUUAGAGUGACUGAAUUAUUAUUGUCAAGUGUCGUAUUUAUAAACAAUUAAAAUUUAUCAGUAUCUCAAAGUGAUUGCGUAUUUGUAUAACAAUGAUGUGUAUCGACAGUACUGUUUGAGCAUACUUCCUCUUCCUCAUGCUUGACAACUGUUGAAUUUGUGAAAUGUCAACCAGGGGAUGUCGUCGUUCUUGAGCACUUUGUGACUUAUUGAGUGCACUGAUUAUCUGGGUUUACAGAAUCCAGAAGCUAUGUUGUUCAUAUCUGUAUGUAUUUAACACAAUUACUGUAUAUUUAAAAUACAUAAAAAUGCACCAUUAGCACAAAAGACACACACACACACACACAAGUUAAAUCA